UCUCUAAACUGUGUUCAAGGUCUGUGCGGUGUCAUGCUGCUGGUUCUAUAUUAUUUGGUGGUGGUGCAUGUUUUACCUUCGGACUCUCAGUUUGAUGGAUGUCUACGGAAACAGUUCAACUGCAUUGCCGCCAAGUUUAGGGGGGAGUACACACCGCUUGGAUUUCACCUGACAGACAGCACGGAGAAGGUGUUCUAUGAUGAAGAUAGAAGAAUGAUAGCGAGAGAGGAGUAUGCACAUACGGACGGACAACCAUUCCUGACAUUCCGCCUCUAUGACUAUCCAAACGAGACGUUGUAUGAUGUGGUCACAGUCGAUGGCAAAGAGACGUGUGUGAAGCUGGCCUUGGAUGAGCCUUUCAGGAAGGUGUGCAUGCCAAAAAAUACACAGUUAAUCUGGGGGAAGUCUCCUCUAGGAUCUCUCCCCAACAUGGUGCCCACCAACAGAUAUAAAUGGGAGGUUGGUAACCUGACCAUUGAACUGACCUACACCUACAUGAUGCAACCAGUCCUACUGGAUACGUAUGGCACCGACCAGGAUGGAGCGUCUGUGUUUGAGACAGUAUGGAUCCAGAACAUCACAGACACGCCUGUCAGUUCUGCAUUCUUCACCCCUCCUCCAAGUUGCAUGGACGCCGUGUUGCAGAAUACCCUCGAGCCCUACAGGCGGAACUGGGGAUACCUGGCGUUUUGAGUGGAGAGUACAUGGACAACAUUGUUUCAAUGACGACAUAGUACAUACGUUCUGUGAUAGAUAUUCUAUCAUAUCACCAUUUUUUAAUAUUAAAAAAAUUAAAAUGAGAUGAAGCAUAUUCAUUCGCACGGAUGUUAAUAUCAAAAUUGCUGGUAUGGAUUUAUCGAAUGGUAAAAUUAACACGUCAGUGAGAAAGCUGGACACUCUCAUUUAAUGCCUAAGUCAACACUAUUCUAUGUAUUCAUUAAUAAUUGCGAUAAAACCCAUAUUUCUUUCAUAAUUAUUCAUAAAAAAAUCUCUACUAAAAGUACAGUCGUAUUUGAUAGUAAUUCAUAAACAAAUGCUAAUGAUAUAGUAGGAAUCGUGCAAUGGACUUGCUUGUAGAAGAGAUUUCUCAGGAGAGAUUUUUUGAAAUCUGUUUCGGCGAAUAAAUGGCAAUGGUUA